AUGAACAAACCAUUGUUCCUCCGUAUUGUGCAUCGUCUCUCAACAGAAGUACCAUAUUUUCAAGCAACUGAAGAUGCAGCCGGACGCCGUAGUCUAUCUCCCCUCCAAAAAUGUACGGCAGCAAUUCGUCAACUAGCAUAUGGUGGUGGGGCUGAUACAGUCGACGAAUAUGUACGACUUGGUGAAACAACUGCUCGAAAAUGUUUGCACAAGUUUACUGCCGGAAUAAUCCACUUGUUUGCCGAUCAAUAUCUAAGACGUCCCACACCGGAGGAUCUUGAUCGACUUCUCCGCGAUGGAGAAGAACGUGGAUUUCCAGGGAUGGUUGGAAGCAUCGACUGUAUGCAUUGGGAGUGGAAGAAUUGCCCCACCAGUUGGAGAGGAAUGUAUUCACGAGGAACCGGAAAACCAACGAUGGUGUUGGAGGCGGUAGCUUCACAUGAUCUUUGGAUUUGGCACGCGUUUUUUGGAGCUCCAGGUACUAUGAACGACCUUAAUAUUCUCGACCAAUCACCUGUGUUUGAUGACAUUGUUGAAGGAAUAGCUCCGCAAGUCAACUACUACGUCAACGGUAGGGAGUAUAAUUUGGCUUACUAUCUCACUGAUGGCAUUUAUCCGAAAUGGGCGACUUUUAUUCAAUCUAUCUGA